AUUAGUUAUGACAGUAGGGACGUUGUUGCUCGUCAAAACAUAGUAGCUCAACAGGGUUUGAAGAUGAAUUAGGUUUGUUACGGGUGUUAUGCCCAGAAGAGGUUGUGGUCAUUACCGAGCACGUGUAGUAAAGUUGUCAAAUGAUCGGGAAGGUGAUGAGAACUUGUUUGGAUCAACUUCUUUUUGUCUGCGGUGGCUAAUGCUAAAAUAGCUUGGAAUUCUUAAUAAGUGUUACAUAAUUCCAGUUCUCUACUGUAGCUUGCAAUGUGCGCACAUGAUCGCGACUUUUGCUUUUCGUAUAUUCUCUAUCUACUUCUAAAAUUUUGAUGGUAAACAAAUAGAACCGUGUCUAUCAUAACCUUGUAUUUUUAGUUGAAUCCCUCCAAUAGUGAAAUGUCUGGUGAAAAAGUGCCUCUUCUGUUUGUUAGCAAACAAUCAGCUCGUUCAUCUAGGAAUAUAAAAAAUAAUGUUCUUAGACUUCUUAGACUGCAUCCUUUUCAGUUGUCGCAACGUGGCACAGAGUUUGAGAAACAGCCGUUCUUAGCAACAACUGAGCCUGUCAGAUUAACGCCGGCUUGGGAAGAGACCAACUUGCCCAAUGACGAGCUGAACUUCAAGGGUGUAACCAUGGAGCAGGCUCAGCUCGAAAUGAACCCACCCAACGACAGGUUGAACCUAGUGUACCUGACUUUGAUGCUCCACGGCAUCGGAACCCUCAUGCCAUGGAACAUGUUCAUUACAGCCAAAGAAUAUUUCGAAGACUACAAAUUAAGUGAAGAAUAUACCGGUGCUAAGUACGAUUAUGCGUCGAACUUCAUGCUUUACCUGACAUUUGCAUCUCAAGUGCCCAAUUUAGUGUUUAAUUGGUUGAACAUUUUUGUAAAAAUAGGUGGUAAUUUGACAACUCGUAUAGUGUGGAGUAUCUUCUUCGAAGUAUUGCUAUUUGUGGUGACUGUCAUUCUAGCAAUGAGUGACUCCUCCCAGUGGCCAGGAAUAUUCUUCUGGGUCACCAUGUGCACUGCUAUUGGAUUGAAUAUGGCGAAUGGUAUCUAUCAGAAUACCGUGUUUGGAAUGGCUGCCAAGCUGCCUUUCAAAUACACUGGAGCUGUUGUCCUUGGAUCGAAUGUGAGUGGAACCUUCACAGCCAUCAUCAACCUGGCUUCGAAGUUCUUCGCUCCGAACACUCGAACUGCAGCCAUUUAUUAUUUCAUCACAGCGUUGUUUGUAUUGCUCGCCUGCUUUGACACCUAUUUCGCUUUGCCUCUCAAUAGGUUUUACAAAUAUCAUGAGCUGUUGUCGCAGAAAGAUGCUCAAGAAAAGAAAACAGCCUCAGGAAGUUCAACAAACAAGAUACCGUAUUGCAAAAUAUUUAAGCAAUGCUUUCCUCAGUGCUUUAAUGUGUUCAUGGUGUUCGUUGUGACUCUCAGUAUUUUCCCUUCUCUACAUUCUGGUAUCCAAAAAUCCGAUAAAGACUUUUUUGUUGGUGAUGAAUAUUACGUGAAUGUGAUGUGCUUUCUCACUUUCAAUGUGUGUGCCAUGAUUGGCAGUUCCCUUCCUUCUCUAGGAACUUGGCCGAAACCAAAGUAUUUAGUGAUACCUGUGAUGCUGAGACUGCUUUUUAUUCCACUGUUUGUGCUGUUCAACUACCAGCCGAUUGGCCAGUCGCGUAUCUUCCCAGUGCUAAUCGCUAAUGAUUGGGUCUAUUGGGGUGCGGCCGUACUCUUCGCUCUAUCCUCAGGAUACUUCAGUUCUUUGGGAAUGAUGUAUUGUCCGCGGACGGUUGAGCCGCAUUAUGCGCCGACUGCCGGCAUGUUCGGUGCAGCGUCACUCAUUACUGGCAUCUUCUGUGGAAUUCUUUUGUCAUUCAUUUUCCCCUGGUUUGUCACCAAUGUUUCCUUAUAAUCUUCACAGUGAAUUAUCGCCGGCUAAUAGAAACAAGCUCAGUAAUUUCUGUUCAUCUCUAGAUUUUUAUACUCUAAAUUUCUAUCUUCUUGUAAUUUUUGCUCCAUCAUUCAUUCUUUAGAUUCAUUCUCUUUAUAUAUUCGUGAAAGAUAUUGCUUAUUUUGUCUAAU